ACAUCCCAUUGUUAGUUGUCUUUGCUGUGUUGCUUUACAAUUCCCAGCUAUCUGAUGGAUCAGUAGAAGAUCAGACCAAACAUAAUGAUAAGCGAGCCAUGGGCAGCAUGUUUCAAGACAUCCUGAAAUCGAUAAAGACAAACUUCGUGCCCGGCAGUAAGAGUAAGAAUCCAAAGGGAGGUGAAGGUGGUGACGGGAAUUCCGGGGGAUCGGCAAGUGGAUCAUGGAAAAACAUGAUACCUGACAUAGCUAAAGCCUUCAUACCGGACGAGGACCAGGAUGAUAACAGCACCUCAACAGAAGACAUACAGGAUGACGAUUCUAGAACUAACAUAACAGAGAUAGAUCCGCAAGCCACCAAAGUUAAUGCUGGUGUCACGGAAAAUAUAGGAGAGGAUAAAAAGAUUCCUAACCAAUCGCCACAGGAUGCAGGAAUACCAGACGACAUGUCGCAAGAUGGUGACAAAACGGAUGAGGACACGCACGUCGAUGACAAACAAGAUGACAUGCAAGACAGUGGUACAAAAGCGGAUGGCUCUGCGGAUAAUGCUAGUGAACCAGGUGAAAAACCAGGAAUGGAAACUGAAAAACAAAAUGAGAAAGUAAAUGAAGGAAUAACGGAAAACAUGGGAGACAAUACCGAUUUAAAAUUAAUGAUUAAUGCAACAACAGACGAAACUGUUACUACGACAGAAGGAGCUGAUGAUCAAAAGGAGUUAGAAGCUGGUGUGCACGACUCAGCAGAAAAUGGUGUUCAUGACAACGAUAAGAUCGGGGAACUCUCCUGGGAAAAUGAGUCGGAGGAAGUACAGGGAGAAGAAGUAGAUACUGGGGACGGAUCAGAAAAUCAGAAAACAAAUGACGAUCAGGAUGAGGCUGAGGAAGAUACGGUAAAAGUGAAUGCUGGAGUGACAGAAAACCUUGGGAAUGACAAUGUCAACCCCAAACCAGUUAAAUCUGCGUCGGCCGAUGGUCAUGACGUCAGCGACGACAAUGUCAAUCCAGAACCCGAGAAUUCUGCGUCGGCCGAUGGUCAUGACGACCACAAUAAUAAAACUGUAACCAUCAAACAAACACUCAAGUUUGAAAAGAGUCAAUCUUUAUCAUGGGAAAGUGAAUCGCCGGAACUACUGGAGGAUGAGAUGGAAAAAGGAAAGGUUGCCAAACAAAUCGAUAAUGAUGCUACCGAGGAUUGAACGAAUCUAGCUGGCUAUUAACAGAAGAAAUGCAGAAGGGCAGAAGAAGGAUGAAGAAUCACUUCGAAAAAUUAUGAUUUUGUUUUUCAAAAUGUGUUCAUGCAUUCUAUAUAUGGUUCGACUUGUUAUUGUUGACCUCUGUUCCAGAUUUUGAUUUAA